GAAGUAAGCCUAGGUUUGUUUUCUAGCACACGUGGUACCUAUAUUAGGGAGUGCUGCAUUGCGUCAAUGAUAAGAAGCGCUGCUGGGUAUGGGGAGAUACGUGGGGGAAGGAAGAGGAUGAAAAGCAAUGAAAUGAUGUAAAAUAAUACAUCUGGAUAUUCAGGUGUUAUUUGAAACAGAGAAUCUUGGGACUGGUUCCUAACUCCUGUGCGUCAUUCUGUUUAUUAUUUCCGUAGGAGAACGGCAUGCUUUUGCCACUACUGUUCACGCAGUAAGUCCUGGCAGCAGGCUGUCGUCGUUUUCACCGGAACCCAAACCACAGCCCCACAAACGAACACCACACCCCCAGCUGGAGCUGCGCGCUCUCCCCGCCCCAACGCUCGCCGCGCACGCGCAGCGCUCCCUUCCAAGACUACAACUCCCAGAGGCGCCAGCGCGGGACGCGUGCUGUCCGUGUCGCGAGUGCCGAUUGGUAGAGACGGCCCGAUGCGCGAGGAAGGCUGCUCGUGAUUGGCGGAGGAGGCGGGCGGCGGGUCUGUCCGCUAUUUGAGUGGAGGAGGGUAAGAAGCGGCGGUCUCCAUGAGCGCAACGGGCGGCUCGGCGGGGCGCUCCAGAAGGCUGGCAACCCCCCACAGCUCAUCCAAGUACUCUAGUUCUCAGCCUCAGAGUCAGGGGGACUCUACUCCUCUCCCUUCAAUCAAUGAACGCCUGGCCUUCCUCCGCCCUUCCCGGGAGCUGCUGGAAUACUACCGCAAGAAGAUUGCCGACUUUGAUGAGGAACACGAGGAUUUGGUAAAAAGGUUGGAGAGAUACAAAGAAACAUAUGAUGAGCAGCACAAACUGCAAUGGGAAGUACGUCAGCGAGAAGAGGAGAUUGCAGAGUUGCAAAAGGCUUUGAGUGACAUGCAAGUCUACCUCUUCCAGGAGAGGGAACAUGUGCUCCGUCUUUACUCUGAGAAUGACCGACUGAAAAUCAGGGAAUUGGAGGAUAGGAAAAAAAUUCAACAUCUCCUGGCUUUAGUGGGAACAGACGUAGGAGAAGUUACAUAUUUUCACAAGGAGCCACCACAUAAGGUUACUGUUCUACAAAGGCCAGUUAGAUCCAGAGACUCACAUGAAGGAAAUGACAAUUCCAGAACAGGCACCAAGAGGAGCACUUCAAAACAAGCAGGAAAAGGAGACAUACAUGAAAGUCCUGAGAGAUAUCAGAAAGACAACCAAACACUUCUACUUCAGGUGGAGGCCCUGCAAGCUCAGAUAGAAGAACAGACACGAUUAUCCAAGGAACAGCUUCAGGCAUUACUAGAGGACAGGCGGAUUCACAUGGAAGAAGCCCAGGUCCAGCAUCAGAGAGACCAGGACAAGAUUAAAACUUUAACAGAUAAACUCAACAAGACUCAAAAUCUCUUAUAUGAGAGUACUCGUGACUUUCUCCAGCUGAAAUCUGAUGUUCGAGCCAGUGAGAAAGCGUGGAUGGUAGAGAAGGAAAAUCUGUUGAGGAAGAUUGACAAAGACUCAGAUCAGCUUAUCGGCAGGGAGGCAGGAGAGAAGAAGCAGAGAGAUACCAGGAAGGUGCUUCAAGCAGAUCGUGAAGCUGGGAAGCCCCACAGUAGAGAAGUAAAGGCGCUGCAAGAAGAACUAAUGCAGGAGCAGCGGCUAUCAAACAUGUACAGAGAACAGUGUAUCACCCUGGAAAGUGAGCUGGCUAGGAUUUGUGAAGAGAGAGAUGUUGGCAGAGAACUCUUUAAGGAACGCUCAGAAAAGAUGGGGAAGCGCCUGAAGCUGGUGACUCAGCGAUACGAGGCCUUGGAAAAACGUCGUAAUAUGGAAGUGGAAGGCUUUAAGAAUGACAUUAAACAGCUUCGGCAGAAACUGAAAGAUGUAGAGAAGCAGCUUUUUAAGGUGACUCUGAAUAUUGGAUCAGACCAGGAUCUUGCAAUUCUACAUGAGGUUCGUCAAGGAAACAGACUAACUCGUAAAAUUCAAGAAGAAUUAAAAUACUUAAAAGCAAAAAUCUAUGGCUUAGAGAAUGAACUACGAGUCUGCUGAAACUGAGGCUUUAGUUGGCAUCAAAGUUUUAGGAAUGGGACAUUGCCUGUUUACUGGCAUCCAGUAACAGAAGGCUUGAAGAAAUCUGCAGCUAGGAAUGUCAUAACAUCCAUCAGUGACACACAAACCAUUCCUAACGUGCCAAAUUAGGUUGCUGUGUCUGUUGAUAGGCACUGAUGAGUCUGCUACAGAAAGUAUCAGAAGACUGAUAUAUCAGGAAUAUUCUUAUGACUUUUUAUUACUUUCAUAUUUGUGGUGUGUACUGAUCUUAAACUUCAUUUGGAGCAUAUUAGAAAGCAGGAAUAUAAAUUAAUGACCAUUAAAGGAUCUAGAUCAAGAUCUGAAUUGCUUGGCUCACCUUUUCCUAUGUGAGAAAGAGCUUUUAAAGUGUGUUCAAUGAUGACUGUUUUGGUACCUAGGCAAUUCAGGAUGUAACUGAAAAUUUUCUUUGAAAAUGACCUUGCACAGAAAUUUUGUACUAAAAUGUAUUAUAUCCAACUCUACCUUUUACAAUAUAACAUCAGGUCAUUGCAGUUGUAGAAAACAGAUGAAUUAAUGAGGGAUGUUACAGUGUGCUUCAGCCCAGUUUGUAAUCACAAGGUAUUUGUGCUUUCACUGCAGUGUCAGCAAAUCUUGUCCACCAGACUGAGAGUAUUUCCUACUGUACCUUUUCUACCUUGUUAAAUGUGGCAGAAACAGCAUAAUAUCUUUCUAAAGUAUACACCUAAAGCAUACAAGCUGUUCUCAUUUAAAAAAUACUCCAUGUGAUAGCCCACAGCUUCUUUUGGAUGUGGUAGUGGCAACAGAGAUCCCUAUUCAGUGUUUGGGAGAGGUGGAUACAUAACAGAAGUCCUUGUGCUGUCAAAAUUUGGAGAAAUAGAUAUAAUUUUAAUAUAGUACCAGCUAAAACAAUGCAGUGGGGAAAUUGCUUUGAAAAGUCAAGGCCUGCUUCAGUUUUGUACCCUCUCUUGGAAAUCUUGCUGUCCCUUAUGGUUUGUGGUUUUCAUUGGGCACAUGUAUUCUUGAAGUCAUAUUCAUCACAGACAGACUUCAUUGUGGGUAGAUCUGUAUCUGAGUGCUUAGCCACUACUAAAAUAGGCUCUUUUAAAGUGUGUUAUCACUGACUAGUUUAGCUGAUAAAUGAUUAACCAGUUCAGAAAUUGAUUCAUGGACAGCUUAGAUGUGGAUAGCUGGGGGAAGUUUAUAAACUAUGCUGUCCAUAAUUUAGUCUCGCCUCUUAGCUGCAGAGUACUAUCUCAGAUAAGUCUAGCUAAUUAAAGGAAGCUUGUAUGUGAGAUAAUAUUCUACCAGUCUAAAGACAGAAUGCAAAAAAGUAUGUAUCUUACAGGUCCUGAAAAGCAAUUUCUGAAAAAAUGCUAUAUAAUAAAGUAUUAGCCACUUAGCAAGAUCCAUCUGCUUAAAUUCAAUUGACAGGAAGCCAGCAAAAAGGCCUCUUGAACCAGUAUAAAGAAGUUUUCUGCUUGUUUUCAGCUUUGCCGAACUAUAAGUUGCUGAU